ACCAGCAACGGCUACACCGCUACAGGGCAGUAAUAGUCGGAGCGAUUGGUGGGAAAAGUGUUGCGCGAAUUACCAGUCGAUGCGUGUGUUUAUCGCUCAGUGUUUCACGGGAAUUCAUCGACUGUAGAGGGUGACAAAUCAGCCUUGAAAACCAGUGAGUGUGAACCAAUUUUCCAGUAUACUACACAGUGAUGCGCUUGUUUCAACGGUGUUUAGCGAAACUAAAAUUAUGACGUGAUCGUUGCCUGUACUUACAUUCAAUUCUCGCGCCAUUUGAAAUGGCGCAGGCCUAAAAAAGCGCUGAAUAGUUCAUCGAUCAAGCUAAACAAAUCCUUUCAUGUCUACCAACAUGUCGAACGCGACGGAGGAGCCGUCCAGCUCGCUCCGCGACGAAAAGCUGGCCUCCGUCGAGAUCGGUACACUCUCCGUCAUCCUUGUUUUGGCAGUCACUAGCAAUUUGACAAUGCUCAUCGCUAUCUGGCGUCAGCGUCGCAAUCGACCCUUGUCACGCAUGUACUUUUUUAUGAUGCAUCUGAGUCUGGCCGACUUAUUGGUGGCGCUCUUCAACAUUUUACCGCAGUUGGCUUGGGACAUCACCUAUCGAUUUCAGGGCGGCGACGUGCUCUGCAGAUUCGUCAAAUACGCCCAAGUGAUGACACUCUAUCUCAGCACCUACAUCCUCAUGUUUAUGGCAGUCGAUCGCUAUCGGGCCGUGUGCUGCCGUAAUUUACACUGGAACUCACUCAAAGUGGCAAAGUGCUUCGUGGCCGCUUCGUGGGCCAUGGCCAUUCUCUUCUCCAUUCCGCAGGCCGUCAUAUUCCACGAGGAGGAGAUCAGUGUCGGCGUGACCGACUGUUGGGUUCAAUUCGUCGAGCCGUGGGGCGCCAAGGCCUACGUUACCUGGUUUGUCGUCUCUAUUUUCGGAGCUCCACUUCUGGUCAUUGGCGUGUGUUACGGCGUCAUUUGCCGGCAGAUUUGGAUCUACAGUCAAAGCGCUUUGCCGUCGUCACAGCAGCCGCCAACCAGUUCCGCUUACCCGGCGGUAACUUCCGAAACGGGAUCGACAUUAUCUGUCAUGAGGCGCUGGAUCCUGAGAGCGAGCUUGCGAUGGCAAAAGUCACGCUCGUCCAGUAAUGGCACCAAGAACCAUUCCGCAAAUGCCAAUACGUCACAGCUCUCCGACACGAUCCCGAUGCGCAGCCUGGCCACUCAGCCAGCCAGCAAUCCACUCUCGGCCGAAGCUAAGGUCAUCAGGAGUCUUCCGCCGCCAUUAUCGCCUCAGUGUUGUCAGCAGAUGCCCCUGCGCCGUUCCAACAGUAACCAGAAUCGCAUCACCAAAGCCAAAAUGAAAACCAUCAAAUUGACCCUGGCCGUCGUCCUGUGCUUUGUGGCCUGUUGGGCUCCUUUCUGCAUCACCCAGCUUAUAAUGGUUUACUGUCCUCCAACCAGCCAGGCAGAUGUGAGUCCUGUUGCGGUGAUUAUUCUUCUGCUUGCGUCAUUGAACUCUUGCUCUAACCCUUGGAUUUAUCUAGCAUUCAGUGGCAGUCUGCUUAAUCAAAUGCGGGUAUGUUUGGGCUUGCGGUGGGUUCGCGAAGGACAAGACAAGGAUAGCAUUGGCGAAGAUGAUCGUCGAGGAGUGCUAGGCCCAGCUGGGGGUCAACUACCAAACACAAACCAUCGGUUUGGCCGAGGACAACGACAGACUCACACGCGUGACCAGCGGAAAGCAAUGGGAGUGGCAGACGAGCUUUUACCGACUCACGAACGGCUUCCAGUGGUAGUGACUACCAAAUGCUGCCGCGCUGAUGUGGUGACUCAUUUAGGUAAAGCUAGAAAAUUGCAGACUCAACAACAACUUCAACAGGAGCAACGCGUUGCCUAGGAGUCGCCCAACUCGACCGUCGACCACAACUCGUAGCGACGUCCAGAACGACAAGGCUGAUUUAAGGCAUGGGUCCACAAUUUUGACGUGUGUGUGUAUCAUCAUCACGCCUGAUGGUCUUCGCCAUUCAAACCAAAACACGAAACAUCUUUCUAUGUUCCUUUUUUGAGAGCGUGCUCUAUUUCUCAAUGUAUUUGUGGUUGUGACUGCUGCACUGAAGCAGAGAUCUCAUCCUUUCGAAUGUUUGUCUUGAAUUUAGUUUAAGCCUCGUGCGACAACAAAAAAAAACGCUGUUUCACGUACUGUUCCCCUUCUCUUGAAAAAUAUAAAACGUAGCGUGAUA